GCUGAAAGUUGCUGAUCAAGGCUGGCACGAGUCAAGCAGGGCAGCAAGGUCUGAUUCCUCAGGCUGCAGCCGCUGCUGCGACUGGCCAAUCUGUGCAAACGAUCCAGAGCGAUUCCCUGUCUCUGCAAAUCGGAUCUUUUGUCUCUUCCUGUCACGGUUUUCCCACACCAAGCUUUUCACUUCCAGAAUUCUUUUGAGGAAGCACAGCAGGAGCACAGCACCCUUGCAGUAAGUAGUACUCAGAACAUUUGCGCUUCGCACAACCAUUCCUGUUGCGAGCUUCCUCGCUUCAGCGACCAUCAACCAUGGCUACGCACUCCCAGUUCUACGAGGCCACAAACCUGGAUAAGGAGCCGUAUUGGCCAUCAAAGAAGUUGAGGAUCUCUGUGACAGGUGCAGGUGGUUUCAUUGCAUCUCACAUUGCACGCAGACUCAAGAAGGAGGGACACUACGUGGUUGCUUCAGAUUGGAAAAAGAAUGAGCACAUGCCGGAGGACAUGUUCUGCGACGAGUUCCAUCUGGUUGACCUUCGGGUCAUGGACAACUGCUUGGAGGUGACCAAGGGCAUCGAUCAUGUCUUCAACCUGGCGGCUGACAUGGGAGGCAUGGGUUUUAUCCAGUCAAACCACGGCGUCAUCAUGUAUAACAACACAAUGAUCAGCUUCAACAUGUUGGAGGCCUCUCGGAUCAAUGGGGUUCAAAGACUAUUCUACGCCUCAAGCGCCUGCAUUUACCCCGAGUUCAAGCAGUUGCAAACAGAUAUUGUGGCCUUGAAGGAAUCAGACGCUUGGCCCGCUGAGCCUCAGGAUGCCUAUGGUCUGGAGAAGCUGGCCUCUGAGGAGCUGUGCAAACACUACAACAAGGAUUUCAAGAUUGAGUGCCGAAUUGGUCGCUUCCACAACAUCUAUGGGCCUUACGGCACAUGGAAGGGUGGUCGGGAGAAGGCUCCGGCAGCUUUCUGCAGAAAGGUCCUCACCGCCACUGACAAGUUCCAGAUGUGGGGUGAUGGGAAGCAGACGCGGUCGUUCACUUUCAUCGAUGAAUGCGUCGAAGGCGUAUUGAGGUUAACGAAGUCCGACUUCAUGGAGCCUGUGAACAUUGGAAGCGAUGAGAUGGUCAGCAUGAACGACAUGGCCAAGAUCAUCAUGUCAUUCGAAAACAAGGACCUUCCUAUUGAGCACAUCCCUGGACCCGAGGGCGUGCGCGGGCGCAACUCGGACAACACCUUGAUCAAGGAGAAGCUAGGCUGGUCACCAACAAUGAAGCUUGCGGACGGGCUGAGGAUCACUUACUUCUGGAUCAAGGAGCAGAUUGAAAAGGAGAAGGCUGCUGGUGUUGAUGUUGCGUCUCAAUACGCCAAGUCAACGAUUGUUGGUACAAGCGCUCCAGUCGCACUUGGAUCACUCCGAAAGGCAGAUGGCAAGGAGGGUUUCUAGGUCACAGCCAGCGGGUUUGACCAUGUCUGAUUCUGGUAUACGCACAGGUGCAUCUCUGAAGAGCCAUUAGACAGAACAGUAGGCUCGGCUCAAGGAUUAGACGUUCUAGUUUCAAGCUGCGAGCUCGACAAUGAUCGAGAAGGUAUAUGCCAAUGUAACGUUAAGAUUUGAUUCACGCAGCUUUGAUGCUCAAUUUCUCGGUAAUUGCAGGUGCAAGCACACAAAUGUCACAUGGUUACUGCAUGAUUAUAGGAUCCCAACACUAAGCGUUUGACGCUGCUAGAUUUUCCUGAAUUCAUUGUUUCAGACUCGAUUUGAAGCAUGC